AGAUGCAGCAGCUCUUCUAUGAGAACUAUGAACCAAAUAAGAAGGGCUACAUACGAGAUCUCCACAACAGCAAGAUCCAUCGAGCCAUCACUCUCCACCCCAACAAAAACCCUCCUUACCAGUAUCGACUACACAGCUACAUGCUGAGCCGGAAGAUCGCAGACCUGCGCCACCGCACCAUCCAGCUCCACCGGGAGAUCGUUCAGAUGGGCCGCUAUGGAGCCAAUGAGCCCAGCCGAGAAGACCUCCAGCUGGGCAUGCCACCUUCAUUUAUGCGCUUCCACCCACGGCAGAGAGAGGAAGUGCUGGAGUGGGAGUUCCUGACGGGGAAGUACCUCUUCUCAUCAUCUGACGGGCAGCCACCCCGCAGAGGCAUGGAUUCCUCCCAGAGGCAAGCCCUGGACGACAUCAUCAUGCAAGUGAUGGAGAUGAUCAACGCCAAUGCCAAGACACGGGGGCGGGUCAUUGACUUCAAAGAAAUCCAAUAUGGCUACCGCAGAGUGAAUCCUUUAUACGGGGCAGAGUAUGUGCUGGAUCUGUUGCUGCUGUACAAGAAGCACAAAGGAAAGACCAUGACUGUGCCUGUGAGGAGGCACGCCUACCUGCAGCAGACCUUCAGCCAGAUCCAGUUCAAAGAGGAAGGGGAAAUGGAUGCCAGAGCUCUGGCCAGCCACAUCAACAAAGAUUCAGACUCGCUCUCAUUCCUGUCCAACUCCCUGAAAAUGCUGGUGCCCUUCAAGUUGGCCACCUCUGGCCAAGACCAGAAGGAACCUAAAGAGAAGAAGGUCAACAUCUUAGUGCCUCUGUCGGGACGCUACGACAUCUUUGUGCGAUUCAUGGCCAACUUUGAACGAGUUUGUCUGAUCCCCAACCAGAACGUGAAGCUGCUCAUCCUGCUGUUCAGCACAGACAACAACACAGAGCAGGUGAAGCAGGUGGAGCUGAUGAGAGAGUAUCACAUGAAGUACCCCCGAGCUGAGAUGGAGAUAAAGCCCGUCACUGGCUCCUUCUCCAGGGCUUUGGCUCUGGAAGUGGGUUCUCUGCACUUCUCCAACGAUUCUCUUCUCUUCUACUGUGAUGUGGAUCUUCUCUUCACCAGUGACUUCCUCAAGCGCUGUCGGACAAACACAGCCCCAGGAGAGCAAACUUACUUCCCCAUCAUCUUCAGCCAGUACGACCCCAAGGUGGUUUAUGCUGGGAAAGUCCCUAGCAACAACCAUUACGUAUUUACCUCCAAGACAGGUCUGUGGAGGAACUACGGCUUUGGGAUUGUCUGUGUUUACAAAGGAGACCUGGUCCGAGCUGGAGGCUUUGACACGUCGAUACAGGGCUGGGGGUUGGAGGACGUGGACCUUUUCAAUAAAUUUGUCCAGUCCGGGCUGAAGUUGUUCCGAAGCACAGACACGGGGAUAGUGCACGUUCACCACCCUGUCAUAUGUGACCCUAACCUGGAGGCAAAGCAAUAUAAGAUGUGCCUGGGCUCCAAAGCCUCGUCGCACGGCUCCAGCCAGCAGCUGGCCGAGCUGUGGCUGGAGAAGAACGAGCACGGCUUCAGGAGAGCGGCCAGCAAUAACGGCUCAGCGAGGACAGCGUGAGGACAUCUGCCGUCUGUCCAGAACAUGCCCCCUUUCUCACUGCGUGGGGUUUUCUUUACCGUAUUCAUUUUUUACUGACAUGAUAGACUUCACAUGGAUAUAUUUUCAAAGAAUAUGAAAAUAUACAACAAAACGCCAUGAUGAUCAAUUCAGACACAAUCUGGGUUCUAGUAUGGAAGUAAGUAAUGAUGGAAGGAAUAUUGUGUGAGCCUGUUACACGUGUGUCAGUGACACACACCGGGGCAGAGCAGCGGUCCACUCUAGAUUGUGAAUAUUUACAAGAGACAUUUAAUCGCAGACAGAACUCAGAUCUCAGCUAUCUCAAUCAUUAACGAGGGCCACCUUUUCUUUUCAUUUGUUUUUAUGGGAUGGUAAUAAACACCACACUGUUACUGUUUAUCCUGCACUCAUUUUCUAUGAACCCAACUGCUGGAUUUUAUAUCUGCAAUUCAUCGUUUGCUGUCUAAUUUAUUGCAUUUGUCGGCUCCAUCUCUUCUCUUUGACUGUUGAAAUAUGUAUAUUAGAAAGAGUGGCCAUGUCAGCUGGUUUUCAUUUUCCUUUUGUUACACUCAUUAUCACCAAAGAGUUUUGCUGCUUUAGGUGCGUCUGUGUGUUCUAUAGGCACUAACAUGACACUGACUGUAUUAUUGUUAUUAUUAUUAUUAAUAGUAUGUAUGUUAUUAACAGUAAUAAUGAUAAUAAGUGAGCAGGCCUAUGUGAUGGGUGAAGUGUUUCGCCUUUAAUGCAGCGGCUGAAAUGUGAGCAGCUGUCCCACAUCAUGUCUCUAAUUUGUAAAUGUGUGUGUGAGUAUGUGCUCCGCCCGUCAGUGUAACACUCCGUUGAUUUAAUGUUCCUCAUACAGCAUAUGAACAUGAAUGGCUGACUGUUGUUACAGGUUGAAUGGCUGUAUUGUCCUUAUUUUUUUUAUUUAAUUUUCUUGGAUUUAAUUUUUGUAUUUUUUGUUCUUUCAACUAUGUCCAAGUGGGCAUGGUUUUCUAUUUAAAAAAGAAAUAAAAUGGGGGAAAAGUAUUCACAUGU